AAUAUCCUGUAAACUGAAGAUGUCGGGUAGAGCAGAGCUGCUGGUAGACCUGAAACAGAGAGCUGUCUGCUGUAUAGAUGAAGCCAAAGCAAAGCUGCACAGCCUCAGUAAGGACAUAUGGAGCUGUCCGGAGCUGGCUUAUGAGGAGAGGAAGUCUCAUGACAGGCUGGUAGCGUUUUUCAGUCAGGAGGAAGGCUGGAAGAUCGACACUCACUUCAAACUUGAGACUGCGUUUCGAGCCACUUGGGGAUCUGGAGGAGGAGGCAGCGAGCCGGGAGAUGUGGUCAACGUGGGUUUCCUGUGCGAGUACGACGCCCUGCCUGGUAUUGGACAUGCAUGUGGACACAACCUGAUAGCUGAGGUUGGAGCUGCUGCGGCUUUGGGGCUCAAAGCUGUGCUGGAGAACACCUGCAGCCUCCCUGUCCGGGUGCAGGUGACGGUGCUGGGGACCCCAGCUGAGGAGGAUGGUGGAGGUAAAAUUGACAUGUUAAGGGAGGGAGCAUUUGAAGGCCUGGAUCUGGUGUUCAUGGCCCACCCAUCAAAGGAAGAUGCCUCUUACCUGCCAUGUGUGGCUGAGCAUGAUGUAACUAUAAAGUAUCAUGGUAAGGCGUCUCAUGCCUCAGCCUACCCCUGGGAGGGAAUCAAUGCGUUGGAUGCAGCUGUACUGUGCUACAACAACCUGUCUGUGCUCAGACAACAGAUGAAGCCAGACUGGAGAGUUCAUGGUAUCAUAAAGCACGGUGGAGUGAAACCAAACAUCAUCCCUGCCUACACUGAGCUGGAGUACUAUCUGAGAACCCCUUCACGCUCUGAGCUUCCUGUCCUUAAGGCAAAAGCUGAGAUGUGUUUCAGAUCAGCUGCUGCAGCAACUGGCUGUGAGGUUGAAGUGCUGUUUGCAAGAAAUAAAUAUGACAACAUGCUUCGCAACACCGCACUAGAGGAGCUGUACGAGAGGAACGGCAAAGCUCUGGGGAUGGACUUCAAUAUAGAUGAAGACGUUCUAAAAAAUGAAUCUGGUUCCACUGACUUUGGCAAUGUGACAUUUAUCGCUCCUGGGAUUCAUCCAUACUUCUACAUUGGCUCUAAUGCUCUGAACCACACAGAAGAAUACACUGGUGCUGCUGGUGAUGACAGAGCUCAGUUCUACACGCUGCGUGCAGCGAAGGCUCUGGUCAUGACGGCUCUGGAUGUGCUGCUGUGUCCAGAGCUGCUGCAGAGGGUGAAGCAGGAGUUCACUGAGGCCAAACUGAAGGAGGACAGGAAGCUGACAGGAGAGAACACAGAGCAGUCUGCAAACAGUUGUUAAUGCAAGUGGAGGCGCUGCUGAGCUCCCUGCACACUGACUGAACACACAGCAGCCUCAGCAAGACUUAUUCCUGUUGUCAAAUGCAGCUACCAAACAUGAGAAAUACUCUGCUGCAUUUGAGCCUUUUUCUUACAGUGUUCAUCAAAGUCACAGUUGAAAUCACAGUUGAUUUCUUAAAAUUAAGCUUAUGUUUGAUUGUACAGUAUUGUGGAGGCAGGCAGCUGCUGGGGCUGUUCAAAAAUGGUGAUGCCUCAAUUUUUUCUCAGUUUGUAAAUCUGAAAUACAAUCAGUUUUGCAUUUGUUAACUGAUUUGUUAACUUUGUUAACUCCUCUGAACUGUACAUGGUUUUGUUUACCCUGCUCAUAACACUGUAUAUGAUAUCAAUCUAACAACAUAAUUAUUGUUCAUUGUCUUAAACUGCUUUGUCCUGAUGAUAUUGUAGUCCUUAAGCAAUCUUUGAUAACAGCAAAGCAUAAACUGCCAUGGAAGACAUUGUGCAACACAUGAGUUCUAUCACUUUGUCCACAUGAUGGCAGCAAAUACAAAAGAUUAAAUAAUAACCUGUAAUCAGCCUCCAACCAGAACAACUGGACAGCUCAGCUAUGGCAUGGAGAAACCUACAAUGUGCACUCUUGGGAAAAUAUUAUCUGAAAAAUUCCACAGUUUUAUUAUUUGGUAUUAAACAAAUUAUUCAACAAGAUACCCAUUAAAAUUGCAAACAUGUUAAUAGCAAUUCACUAAGUAAACACUGAAGUCUGGCUCUACCUACAAACCACAUUAUCUAUUCAAGAUACACAGAUUAGAAUCAGCAUCGUCAGCUAGUAUGUAGAACACAGAACAAUAACUGGUUUUAUAUUUGCCACAGAGCACAAAAUAUCAAAGUUCACUUGAAGCUGAUGUCCACCAUCUUGUCUGCAGUCAGCUUCUCUUGCCAUAUCUGCAGCCACAAUGUCAACUUUGACCCCAAAACAUGCUGAUGAACAUCAUGUCCAUUUAACUGAAGGAAUACCUGAAGCUAUAGGAGUCUGGAAUUUAUGUUAACCACAAGUCAUCUUACUGUGCUAUGAUUCAUGAAUUUCAAGACUCAAGAUGUUUAUUGGUUAUAAUAGUACAACUGUGUGAACUACUUUGGCUGGGAGGCUCCAUU